AAUAGGAAGCUUACUAAGAAUGAGUUCAGUAUAAAACCCACUGGCAGAGAGUUCAAACUUUAGUAUCGAAUCAAACAUGAAGCUGGGUAUUAUAUUUGUGAUUUUCGGCUGCAUUGCCGUUGUAAAUUCAUAUGGUCUCAGUCAGCCGUCAACAGCAAAGCCGCCAUCCAAUGAAAACAAUAAUCAGCCUUCGUCUGAGGAGGUAAAACCGAUCUUAAAACAAUGCAAACCCACUGGAACUACGAAUUCAGAGCCAAAGGACCUUCACAUUGGUGCCACUUCUCCUCAAGAAACCUCCACAGGAACUCUUAAUCCCAGUUCUACUUCGAGUUCAACGGAAAACAAUAAACCCACUUCCUCCACUAGCUCUAUUUUAAAAAAACUUAUACCUUUACCCACUCUUAACCCAACUUCGACCUCAAGUACAACCAAACCCAACUUGAAAAACGCUGAUCAAAAUACGGAUGAUUGCGAACCCAUUCCCGAGGGUUUGGGAUCACGAUUGGAUGCUCAAACUCUAAGAACACUCGUUACUAAGCACUUACCUCAAAACGGAUAGUUAUGUUCAAUAAAAAUUUUAAUUUUUGUUGCAUAAAAACAAUACAAUUACAAAAUACAAACAUCAAAGCGGAUAGUUAUGUGAAACAUUAAUUAUAUAAAAACACUUUUCUUGAAUAAAACAAUAGCACCUGCAUAAAUACCAAUAAAA